CACGCUGGACGUUAUGGCCACCCGGUGAAGUGCUUAUCGUCGCUAAAGUGCGGUGCAGUGUAAUCAGCGUCAGCACGCUGUAGUGGUUUGUAAGCGUAGCAACGGAACCUGUACUAGCACCUGUAGGGCAUUCGCCUCAUCAUGGGACAACAGGAGCACGAUCUCGAGAUGGCAGAAGAGGACCCACGGAAGGACCUCGGCACUCCAGUGGAGAUAUCCGAGUCAAUCGAUGCCGAACCAGCCGGUGGUCCGGUCCACGCCACCGACAAACUGACGCUGCACUCGGCCAGUGAUCUCAAGCAAACGAUCCUCGACGGUCUGGAGCAGAAGGGCAAUGGUGGACUAUGGUUGUGGGUUCUGUUCAUCCUGUGCCUUACACCGAACAUACUCAACGGCUUCCAUGUUUCGUCGUACGUGUUUUUGGGGCAGAUGCCGACAAACUACUACUGCACGGUACCACAGCUCGAGAAAGCUGGCUGGAGCCACGAGGAAAUCCGUAACAUCACCGCACCAAGUGGAACGGCCAAGAAUGGAACCUGUACGAUCUACAGCUGGAACUAUCAGCAGCUAAGCAAGCUUAACUUCCAGGAUGCACUCAACUACACACAAUCCCAGCAGCGCCCGGAAGAGGUUAACUGUCUCUCGACUGCGGCGUCCGGAAGCGGGUGGGAAAUGUUCUACGAUCAACCGGAAGGUGUAUCGAUCGUACCGGAAUGGGAUCUACUGUGCGAACGAACAGCACUGCGAUCGACGGUUCAGGUGGCACUAUCGAUCGGCAAGUUUGUCGGAGCAUCCAGCUUCGGUGUGCUGUCCGAUAAGUUCGGGCGCAAGACGAGCUUCUCGAUUGCCGCCACGCUGUACAUCGUGUCCGGGCUGCUGACAACGUUUUCGCCCGUUUAUCUGCUGCUGCUCCUGGGACGCAUCGGUCUCGGAGCGUCCGCCUCCGGCGUGUUCUAUCCAGCAUUUGCUUUGCUUACGGAGAACAUUGGUAAACGCCACCGGUCUUGGAUGAGCAUUGCGUUCAACUUCUCGUACCCGUUGGGCAUGCUGUUCCUGGCACUGGCAGCCUACCUCAUACCCGUGUGGAGGGAUCUCUCUCUGGCACUGACGAUUCCUUCGUUUCUGCUCGUGAUACAUCUCUACUUCCUCGUAGAGUCACCGCGCUGGCUGUUAAGCAAGGGGCAAGAGCGUAAGGCGUACCGCAUGGUUUUCGGAAGGAAGGCACCAAAGGAACUGAUCGAUACGGCGCAAGUGGUCGAGAAAAACCAAGAAGCAGAUGCAAUCGAACCCACCAGCGCUACCCGUGGUGAGCGACUAAAGCAGUCGUUCAGCGAGUUUACGAAACUCUAUGGCACUCCCGUGCUCUGCCGCAGGGCACUAAUCUGCCAUUUUACGUGGUGUAUAACAUCGCUCUGCUACUACGUCACUGCACUCAAUGCGGACAACUUCGCAGCUAACCGCUAUGUGUACGUGGCCACCACCGGUUCCGUGGACAUUGUCGCCUAUAUACUGUCCAUGAUCGUGCUCGCCUACUUCGGUCGACGGAGCUCAUCGUUCUGUUUCUUCCUGUACGCCGGUAUCUGUUUGCUGGUGGUGCUGGCGGUGCCACAGGACAAAACCACAGCACUGGUCACAUUGGCUAUGCUGGGUCGCGUUGGUAUAACAGCCGUGUACGCCAUCGUUACACUGCACACGGCGGAACUGUUCCCGACCGAAAUACGUAAUACGGCGCUGGGCAUUUGCUCGACAAUGGCACACGUUGGCUCGAUUGCCGCACCGUACAUUACGGAUUUACUAGGGCGAUUCGGCUGGUGGAUACCGACCACCAUUUGCGGUUGCGCUGUACUGCUUGCCGGUGCGCUCACAUUGCUUCAUCCGGAAACGCGCGAUGCUGCACUGAAAGAUCACGCCAAGCAGGAACAGCACGGGGUUACUAUCAAUGAUAGUGAGGAAAGUGUUACUGAUGCAAAGCAACAAACCAAUUCUACUAGUUAGUAAGAAGAACGUGACACUGCUGCUAUAAGGGUAGCGUUUAAUCGGGAUAUUAUCGGGAGACGAAAAGAGAACAAAUCGACUCUCAUUAUAACAUAACUCUUCCGCCAAUCAGCGUUACCAAUAAGAUUUACUCAAUGCAAAUUCCUGUAUCGUCCGAUCCGACUGUAACCGUACAAGCAUUGCUAAGAUCGCACAAAACAUUCCAGAGUCUAAUGGUAGCGCAAUGUGGACUUACCUCAUUCCAGGUAAGCACCGACAGGGGAAAUAUCAACAUUUUCCAGAGCCGAACAAGAAUAAAGUGCUGGCAUAAGU